AUGUUUAGAAUACCACGUAUCAAUUUUAUGGUCAACCGUGCUGUUUUAGCCUCACGUAGAGCUUUCCAUGCUCAAAAUCAUAUGAGAAAUUUACAACAACCAGUUGCUCGUCGUACCAUUUUAACACAUACCAAACCAUUUUCUACCACUUCUAAACUUUCUCAUGGUCAUUUAACGCCCCCAAAACCUGGCGAAGAACUAAAAGUAACUUUUAUCCUAAAGGAUGGAUCACAGCGGACUUAUGAAGUGGCAGAAGGAGAUUCACUUCUGGAUAUCGCACAGGCAAACAAUCUAGAAAUGGAAGGUGCAUGUGGUGGAUCUUGUGCAUGCUCUACCUGUCAUGUCAUUGUGGAUCCAGAUUAUUUCGACGCAUUACCUGAAUCGGACGAUGAUGAGAAUGAUAUGUUAGAUUUAGCGUACGGACUCACAGAGACCAGUAGAUUGGGAUGUCAAAUUAAAAUGUCAAAAGAUAUUGAUGGAAUUCGUGUAGCUCUACCGGCAAUGACAAGAAACGUAAAUGCAAGUGAUUUUGACUGA